AUGGAGACCCCACGGCCGCUAGUCGCAGAUGUAAAUCGCAAAGAAAACUCUUCUAAGGUACUCUUACCAGUAGAAGACUUGCUAGAUGCUCUCACAGACUUAUGCCAAAACUCUAGAUUUGGCCUUGCGCUCUUGAAGUCUACUGCAAGAACUAUCAAGACUAACCCCGUCGACUACUCGCACCUAUUUAGCCUCGGUGAACUAGCCCUCCAAUUUGGUACGAUCACCGAUUUCCCUCCUACUGGAUAUAGCCCUCAGCGCUGGAGCUUUUGGGUCCAACGACUUACCGAACUGACCCGUUGCGGGAUCGAGAAUAUUGAACGCAGGGCAAAGUUUUGCCUAUCGCCGAUGCGUUGGGCAGGGGAUGACACCAAAGCUCCUCCCGGGGGUAAUUAG